AGGGAGGAGGCGGAGGAGGAAGUAGCCUGAGGGCUCCCAGAACUGCGGUAGUUGUGUGAGUUCACCUGUGCUUUGUCGGGGAGGAGUCGGGCAUAGAGUUCUGUCCCCACAGCAGGUCAUUAGGAAUUCUCCAAAUAUUUUAGAUUGCCUGAUGCUGUUCCUGUUGAAACCAAAAUGGCUUUGAAUCCAGGGCCACCAGCAUUUGGACCAUACUAUGAAAACCAUGGUUAUCAACCGGAAAACUAUCCUCCAGGACACCUUGUGAAUGCUAAUGCUUAUGUACCUUACCCAGUUCCAUAUGGUCCUUCAGCAGUGCCACAGUACAUCCCAAGAGUUCCUACUCAUACUUCAUCACCAGCAACAGUCUGUUUACAACCAAAAUCUUCAUCUGGGAUAGUGUUUACGUCAAGGGCUAAGAAAAUCAUAUGUGUCACCAUUAGCAUUGGGGUAAUACUAACAGGUGCUGUGAUUGCAACCGUCUUUCUUUGGAAGUUUGUGAAAAAUAGCUGCCCAAAUUCUGGAAUAGAAUGUGGAACCUCAGGAACUUGUAUCAGUGCAUCUAACUGGUGUGAUGGAAUAUCACAUUGUCCCAGUGGUGAAGAUGAGAACCAUUGUGUUCGCCUCUAUGGACCAAAAUUUAUCCUUCAGGUUUACUCAUCUCACAACAAAUCCUGGUAUCCUGUGUGCCAAGAUGAUUGGAAUGAUCACUAUGGAAAAAUAGCUUGUAAAGAUAUGGGAUAUAACAUGAAUAGUUUCUACUCUAGUCAAGGAAUAACAGAUGAUAGUGGUGCCACAAGCUACAUGAAGUUGAACCUGAGUGCUGGAAAUGUAGAUUUAUAUGAAAAACUCUACAACAGUAAUGUCUGUUUCUCAGGAACAGUGGUAUCUCUACGAUGCAUAGAAUGUGGCACAAAAAUGGAUGUGAGUCGAAUGAGCAGGAUUGUAGGUGGGACAAAUGCAGCUCCAGGGGAAUGGCCAUGGCAAGUUAGCCUUCAUGUCCAAGGUGUCCAUGUCUGUGGUGGUUCUAUUAUCACUCCUGAAUGGAUUGUAACAGCAGCUCAUUGUGUGGAAGAACCUCUUUCCAACCCCCGGCAUUGGACAGCAUUUGCAGGAAUUUUGAGGCAGUCUCUGAUGUUCUAUGGAUAUGGAUAUAAAGUACAAAAAAUAAUUUCUCAUCCAAGUUAUGAUUCCAGUACCAAGAACAAUGACAUUGCUCUUAUGAAGAUGCAAACACCAUUCGUAUUUAAUGAAAAAAUAAGACCAGUGUGUUUGCCUAACCCAGGAAUGAUGCUUGAACCCACUCAAUCAUGCUGGAUAUCAGGAUGGGGUGCAACCCAUGAAAAAGGUAAGACUUCAGAUAUCUUAAAUGCAGCUGUGGUACGCAUAAUAGAACCUUGGAAAUGUAAUAGCCGAUAUGUCUACAAUAACUUGAUCACUCCUGCCAUGAUUUGUGCUGGUUAUCUCAGAGGAAAAAUUGAUUCCUGUCAGGGUGACAGUGGGGGUCCUUUAGUCACUGAGAAAAAUUCUGUAUGGUGGUUAGUUGGUGAUACAAGCUGGGGAUCUGGAUGUGCCAAACCAAACAGACCUGGAGUUUAUGGAAACCUGACAGUAUUUACAGACUGGAUUUACCAACAAAUGCAGGCAAACCGGUGAUCUGUAUGUUUUUCAUCUUUGAAAAUGUUCAGGAAGUUAACCAAGAAGUGGAUUUUCUGUACAUUUAUCUAUCAUUAGAAUAAUUCACUGGUUCUUUAAUUUUUAUUAAAUAGUAAGAUGAGCUGUCUUUUUUUUUUUUUAAACUCUUCACAGUUCUGUGCAGGCUACAGUAACUUUUUUUCCCCUGGUUUCUCAUUGUAAACACAAUGUACCUGAACUUUAAGUGUUACUGAUUUGUCUGAAAUGAAGGCCAAAUGUUUCUUGAAGAGUGGAGACUUGUGAAUCAAACCAGAAUGAUUCAUUAGCAUAUGGUUUAUACUCAUAAUUAAGAAAGUCACUGAUUGUUGCAUAGUAAUGUUUUCUAAUAUAGGUUUUGUAUAACAUACAAAGGUGUAUGUUUAAUUAAAGAUAUUGAUUAGAACCACUCAUCUGCUGAUUGACUUGAAAUGGAACAUGAUUCAGGGGAGGACAGGUAAGCCUCCCUGGCUUUGAAUAAUGUGAGAGUACCCCAGCAGUACAUUCACAUGAAGCCUGAUAGCUUUCUCAGAGGUAUUUAUUAAUUUGCAUUUUUCUUUUUUAGUAGCAUUGUGAAGUGGCUAGAAGUGAAUUAUUAACUUAACUUCCUUUUGAGUGCUGAUCCACUUCAGUUUCAUAUAGUGUUCACUUGAAUAGGAAUGGCUUUGUUUUCUCUACUUCUCAACUCCUCUGACAUUACCUCUGCUCUCUUAACUCCACCCAACCCUAACCCCACCCAUUAUUUGAAAAUUGCACAGACUCUUCCCUCUAUAAAGGGGAGAUGGGUGUUAGGGUCUCUAUCUGCCUUGGCUCCCUUUGUGCACACUGAUCAUGAAGAAACUGAAGGCACCUGGGGGAAGAUCAGGGAUUUGUUGUUUUAAUUACAGUGUUUUAAUGUAGUUUUCUAUGUAUAUCUCUGUUAAUAUGAUUUGACUUUUGAAGCCUUAAACUAUUACAUGAAUAUUUAGCUAUUUGGAGAUACUAUGUUGAUAAAAUUUGAGAAGUGAAUAUUUGAAAUUCUCCAGAUUUGACAGAUUUAUGUUGGUAGAAUGUGUGGCAUCAGUGUUCCCAAUAAAUGGUGCUGCUUUAGAUUGGCCAAGAAAAAUAAAAAAUAAAAAUGGUGAUUAUUGAAGGAGAGGAGUCAUAUGACAGAACAUAUAUGACAGGAGAGCAGUCAUACUAAAAUAACAUUGAUGGAGUUGUGUACCUUUACAGCUAUUCUGGAAAGGAAUUUAGAAUUAUAUCACCAAAAUCUCUAAAGUAUACAUUUUGUCCCAGAAAUACCACAACUAGCUAAGCUUAUUCACCAAAAAUGGAAAGGACCUAUGUAUACAAAGGAAUUUAUAGCAGCACUUUUUGUUAUAACAGAGCUGAAAAUUAGAUGUAGGCAUCAGAUGGGUAAUGACUAAACUGUAAUAAAAAUAUGUAAUGGAAUAUUAUUGUGAUAUAAUGUUAUGAAAUAUUCAGAAAAAAAUGGAGAGACUCACUUUUAUGAAUUGAUGCAGAGUGAGAUGAGUAGAACCAGGAGAAUGAUUUUUAUACAAAGACUAAAAAUUGAGAAAAAAAAACUACUUUGAAAGACUGGUCAAUGCCAUGACUCCAGAAGAUAGAUGAUGAAAAUUGCUUUCAUAGAGCUGAUGAGCUAAAGGUGAAGAAAAGAGACAUACAUUUUCAGAAAUGGCCCAAUAUGUGUAUGUAUGACCAUGGUCAUUAGGUGAAGCAAAAUGUUUCCAAAAAGAAUUGUGAUGGGGGUAUGAUAGUGACAAAAAAGUUAGAAAUGAAAACAAGAAGGACAGUUUUGGCAUUAACAUGCUGAAUGUAUUUUAUAUCUAAAAAAUAAGCUGUUUUUAAUGGAGAUUCAUGGUUUCAUGUUACAUUUCACUCUCCCCCCCCCCCAUUCUUUGUACAUGGAAUUCCUCAUUUUCUGGUAUUUGCCAAGUUCAUAAAUACAACAAAAAAUAUAUAAAUGGUGCCGAAUUUGUGAAAGAGGAGAGUUAGUUGUUUUAAGCCAAAUUCAUACAGUUAAAUGAAGACUUUCUUGUAUGUAAACUUCCUCUUCCUUUGUCCACUUCCUUCCUUGAUAUCCUGAUUUCAAGGAUUUUGAAUGUUUUUGACACUAUUGCACAACAUGAAAGAGAAAGUGAUGAUUAUUAUGUUCAUCUCAUGUUAAAAUUUCCUCUUCCUUUGGCAUUACUCUCAACAAACAUUUCUUGGGAAUUUCCAAACAGCAUCCAGUACCACAAGAUAUCAGUCAAUUGAGCCUAAUUUCUAAAAGAUGUAUAUCUGUAACAGUUUUUUCCCCCUUGAUGCUUAGUUUUAUUUAUAUGUAACCAAUAGUUGUAUCUUACAUUUUAUGUAAUUUUAA